CCAGCAUAAACAUUAUUUAAUCAUCUGGCUCUCAUGCUCAUGAUUUUCGGUUCACACCAGGCAGUGAAUCAAAGAAGACAAGAAGAAGCACAUCUGAGGACAUUCUAUCAGCAACAGGAAGCAUAUAUCAGCGAUUUUAAAAAUGAGCGCAUUUAUAACAAACAAGUUAAACAGGAUUUUGAGUUACCUGAAGGGAUAUCCACAUGAUAUGCCAUUACACCGUGCCCUCAAGAAGACAGAAAUUACUAAUGUUAAUUAUUACAUAAGCAAGAGUACACGAGAGUCACAUGACUGUAUGAUGCAGGAGUCUCUCAGCACUAAUGAUCCAGAGGUAUUUAACAUCAUUCAGAAGGAGAAGAGGAGACAGACAUACAGUUUAUCACUUACUGCAUCUGAGAACUUUACCAGUCGUGCUGUUUCAGAGGUCCUGAGCUCGUGCCUAACCAACAAAUUUGCUCAACGAAGUCUUCGAUACUCUGGCAACGCAGACAGUGUGGAUGAACUGGAGCGUCUUUGUCAGAAAAGAGCACUGGAGGUUUAUGGACUUGAUCCAGAAAAAUGGGGUGUUAAUGUACAGCCUUAUUCUGGAUCACUUGCCAACUUUGCCGUGUAUAUAUCUGUAGUGGAGCCUCAUGGGAGGAUCAUGGGGCUUGAUCCCGGUGAUGGUGGCCACUGGAGCCAUGGAUUUAUAUUGGACAAGGAGAAAUUCUCUGUCGCCUCCCUUUUCUUUGAAUCAGAGUCUUACAAGGUCAACCAAGAGACUGGUUACAUUGAUUACAACCAACUAGAGGAAAGUGCUCGUUUAUUCAAGCCAAAACUAAUCAUUGCAGGUCCCAGCUCCUACUCACGUAACCUGGAUUACGGUCGUCUGCGGAAGGUCGCAGAUGAGAACGGAGCUUUCCUGCUGGGUGACAUGGCACACAUCAGUGGACUGGUUGCUGCUGGAUUAGUUCCAUCCCCCUUUGAUUACUGCGAUAUUGUUUCCACCUCCACUUAUAAGACCCUGAGAGCCUGCAAAGCUGGAGCCAUAUUUUACCGGAAAGGUGUGCGCAGUGUGGAUGAAAAAACAGGAAAGGAAACUCUUUACAACCUGGAGAGAUCGAUCUGUGAAGCUGUGUUGCACAGACUGCAGGGAGGAUGUCACUUCCAUUCCAUUGCAGGAGUGGCUAUAGCACUGAAGCAGGCACUGACUCCAGAAUUCAAGGCCUACCAGCUACAAGUUCUGGCAAAUUGCAGAAGUUUAGCCUCUUCUUUAAUAGAAAAGGGCUACAAAAUUGUUACAGGGGGUACGGAUAAUCAUCUUUUCUUGCUCGACCUUCGUCCGAACGGAAUUGAUGGAUUAAGGGUAGAGAAGGUGCUACAGGACUGCGCCAUUAUCUGUAACAGCAGCCCUUGCCCAGGGGAUAGUGUACUGCAUCCCUUUGGCCUCCGAUUAGGGACACCUGCGCUCACAUCACGAGGGCUAGUAGAGGAAGAUUUUUGCCUAGUGGCAGAAUUACUGCACAGAGGCAUUCAGUUGGCUGUGGAGAUCCAGACCAACAUGAACCCCAAAUCUACUUUCAAGGAGUUCAAGGAAACUCUGGCUCAGGAUGAGAACUAUCAAAAAAGAGUCAAAGAAAUCCAAGAUGUGGUUGAGGCUUUCGCUGGAAAAUUCCCCAUCCCUGGAUUGCCUGAGCUAUGAGCCUAAACCUCAUUCUCUGUUCCUGUCUAUAUCUAUAAAACUUACCUUAAACUUUAACUGUGAUGUAAAUGUGAGGAAAAAACAUGUUAUAGUGUCAUUUUAUCAGUUUAUAAUGAUGUGUUAUGAUACAGACAAAGUUUUGCAUUAUCUAUGAUUCAGAAAUAAAAAUAAAAGUCAUAUUUUCAUUCA